AUGAUGUUGAGAAUGAGGGAUCUUACAUUGAAGAAGUUGAAAACAUCACUUUGUGCAAUUGAGAUGUGUGAUGACUACCUCUAUAAUGAUGAACAUGUCUUGGACUUUAAUGGGGCGGGUAGGGGAACCUUUUUCCCAAUGAAGGCAGGGAUGGGGAAUCCCCGCUUAGAAUAUUACGGGUAUGAAUGCGGGGAUGGGAGAAAAAUGCUUAACGGGGAUGGGGAUGGGAAUAACAUACCCAUCCCCAAUUCGACCUAUUGCCAUCCCUAA